GAAGGAUGGUCAAUUGAGCAUCAUAGUUUGACAUCCAAACUUAUUAGACCUAUGGAAUGUCUCCACCCCUUUCCACUAGAAUAUAACCCACAGAAUGUAGCCGGCAGUAUUGGAUCUUUAUCUACAUUAAGUUUGCCAUUGAACCCUGUUCAGGUGCACCUCAAAUAAUGAGGAGGAACCAUAAUAAAUUGUACUAGUCACGAUCUAAAUUCAGUUGAAUGCACGCAUUUGGUUGCAGUGCUCUCAUUCUAGCUGUCACAGACUCACAUCAAGUGUGUUGCGUGGUGAUCCUGUUAGAUUAACACUCAUGUUGCCCUUAGGCUUAGCUUUGCUUGCUUGAAUCACGCUAAGUUCAGCUUGAGUAUGGGACUGAAGAAAGGCUGAACUUAUUUUGUUUUCAAACAAGUCAAGAGAAGAUCAACCUUUGACAUUCUCACCAUAACUUAUAAUGAACUUCCUUUGCUUAUAAUGUCAUUAAUACAAUAAUGGUGGUAAGCAGUAACUCGAAAGAUUUCCCAGAUUGCUGUUGAAGGUUGUAUUGUUGUCUGUCAUGAUUCUGAACCUGUGAGAAGGAACUCUUUGGUUCUUUUAAAUGUUCAUUUUUCAACUACAUUCUCUUGGAUGAGUAAUCUCCAGUUCUUUCUCAGAGUUUGGAACUUUGCACAACUGACAAAGAUGGCCAUUUAGAUCUUUGAUGUAUGCUAACAUUUAUUGUUUUCAGAAUUUAUUGUGGUACUCUUGUUCUUUAAUUUGCACACAUUUUCUGGCUCCAAUACUCAGUUUCGAACUUUUGAGCACUUGGUUACCUGACAUGAUGGUUCAUUUUUUGUUUAUUUUCUAGGAAAGAUCUAUGCUUUAUUUGGUAUUGAAGAUUCUUAUUUUUUGCCUUAUUAACCUACAGUUGAUUCGGUGCGAAAGGACAGAAAGUGACUGUUAGUAUAGGGUCCAUGGAUUCUCCAACGCAAAACACAUCGCUGCAGCGGCUUCAAAAUGUUGAGAAGAGAAUUAUAAAGGUUUUGGAGCUAGCCGGUGGAGUGAUGGACGAACUAGCUAAUCCUGCUGGUCCCAGAAAGGAAUUUCUCAACAACCAUUGCCGUGAAUUCAUGCAACUGAUCAAAGACAUCCAAGUAACAUUGAGAGAUGAAAUCAAAAGUGCAUGUGAAUACCGCCCGUUCGAGAAGUGCGAUUACAGUUCAAGAAUAGCUGAUGAGAUUUGUCUCAAAAAGCUGAAAUACAUCAUUUCUCAGCUGGAUGUAAUGAAAGAAUCAAUUGAAGAGCACGAUAGUGAAGCUUGACCACCAAAAGUUCAACCCUAUUAAUAAGUACAAGAUUAGGUAAGACCAUUAAGGGAAAUCAUUGCGGAAUAUCUAUUUUUCUCAGAUCAGGAGCACUUAAGGUAAUAAGAUGGUAGUUCUACUAUGUUUAUGGAUGAUGCUUUGGUUUGGCCUUUG